AUGAAUCAGUUCAAUAUGUACAAAUACAAUGAAUUACAACAACAACUAAAUAAUGGUGCCGCAGGUUUAAAUGAAACAACAAUACGUGCGGGAUAUCAAAUUAUUGAAGAUUGGUGUUGGACGUAUUCACGCACUGAACUAUUUAAUAGAUGGAAGCAACCACAUCAGAAGCCAGAUCAAACCGACUACAAGUUAACCAUACUACACUAUAACAUCAGGAAUUUUUACACCAACCAAUGCGAUCUAUUAGAAAUGAUCGAAAAAUAUAAACCUGCUGUAAUUUCUUUAAAUGAAUUGAGCAAACAAAUUCCAACUGAAGCAAUAGCAAAAAUUUUGUUCUCCUAUGAAGUUUUUAAAGCCGAAGGCACCAACACUCAUGGUGGCGCAGUUAUAGCCAUUGAUAAACAAUUAAAACCUAUAUCUGUCGACUGUCAACAACAGCCAAAUAUAAUCGCUGCCGCGAUAUUAGUAAACAACAAAUCGUACAAUAUUAUAUCCACAUACUCUUCACCAACUGAAAAACUACCACUUCCUAUACUUUCGAAUGUAUUACAAAAUUCUCAGGCAAACAUCGUACUUGGCGAUUUUAACGCAAAGAACACCACAUGGGGUUGUACGCAAACAAAUCAAAAAGGUCGAGAACUUGAAUCUUGGUUAAAAUUAAACAAACUAAACAUUCACAAUCCGGCAAUGAUAACAUCUUUACGUUCAAAAACAACUAUUGAUUUAGUUAUUUCAACCGUUCAAGAAGCUUCUGUACAAUGUAAUCAGCUCCCAUACAACGGAAGCGAUCAUUUUCCAAUUCUAGCUGAAUUUAAUGAUAUAAUCCUCAAACACCAACAACAAUAUAUUCAAAAAAUUAAUUGGAAUCUAUACACCAUCAUGCUUUCUAUUUUAUCUUCAGAAAUCGAAUAUAUUGCACAUGAAUCAAACAUGCAACCCCACGAAUGGUUUCAAAUGUUUCAAGACUUUCUUAGCGCCUUAAGAAUUCGAUCACCAACAUGGCACCCUGCAAAAAAACGUCGGCCUUCGCUUACAGAAACCAUCAGAAUGAUGAUUACGCACAAACAUUAUUUACAAAAUCGAUACCGACACACAAGAAAUGAAGAAGGCAGACUAAGCCUUCGCUUGUGGCAUAAAGUAUAA